AUGCCCAGAUCCUUCGACAAAGCCGUGAUCUUGGUUAUUGAUGCGCUACGAUACGACUUCGCGGUGCCACAUGCACCACAGCCAUCUGGAAACGAUGCUUAUCAGCCUUUCCAUAAUGCUCUUACCAUACUACACGAGAAAGCAACGCAAGAACCCCAAAAUGCAGUUCUCUUCCCAUUCAUUGCGGAUCCCCCUACAACAACCUUGCAGCGGUUGAAGGGAUUGAUGACAGGAACACUGCCAACAUUCAUCGAGGCUGGUGCCAAUUUUGCCGGUUCCGCCCUUUCAGAGGAUAAUUUCGUGACGCAACUACAGAAUGCAGGAAAGAGGCUGGUGCAUCUCGGGGACGAUACGUGGACAAAGCUGUUUCCCAAUCAUUUCUUACCCAAUCUAUCUCAAGCGUACGAUUCCUUCCUCGUUGCCGACCUCCACACGGUCGACCAGGGCGUUGGGGAGCACCUUAUACCACUCAUUAACCAUCGCCAAGAUGAAUGGGAUGUGAUUUUUGGCCAUCUUUUAGGCGUCGAUCACGUUGGUCAUCGGUUCGGCCCCGCACACCCUGAAAUGCGCAAUAAACUGAAGGAAAUGGACCACGUCAUAGGAGAGGUUGUCAACUCUAUCGACGAAAACACGUUACUUGUCGUUCUAGGUGAUCAUGGAAUGGAUGAACAUGGAAACCAUGGCGGCGAAACUGAGAAUGAGGUACAGGCGGCGUUGUGGAUGUAUACUCGGCGCAGGCAUUUUGGUCAUUUACUGGUGCAUCCACAGGAGCCGGCCUCGUUUCUUAACAAGUCAGCCAUCUAUCAAAUAGAUCUUGUCCCGACCUUGUCGCUCCUUCUGGGAAUCCCCAUUCCCUUCAAUAGCCUAGGGUGUCCUAUCAAAGAGGCUUUCCUUGGAGCAGCUGGGGAUAACUGGGCGCAACUGGUGCAUGCAUACAUGCUAUCCUUUGCACAAAUUGAACGAUUCCACCGAGAAUACUCAAUAAAAAUGAAAAAUUCCCGGCACGCCCUAGAGCACAACCCUACGAAUUUUCCUCGGAGUGUCUCUUUGCAAGAAACUGAUUUUCAGGACAAAGAGUCUCUGAAGACAUUAUACCACGAAUUAUGUGACUACCAAGGAAAUAUAUUGGAGCAUUACAAACGCAUAUGGGCGCAGUUCAACAUGGCGUACAUGAUAGAGGGGCUGACAAUCCUGUCAUUUGGAGCCGUCGCACUGUUACUUCGUGUUUGCGUGUGGGGCCAAUGCAAUCUCAUCCCCAGUGCUUCUUCUAGAGCAAUCAAAAUGGCGGCUGCGACAUCCAUAGUGACUUAUUUGAUUCAUAUUGUUAUAGUUGAUCCAGAGGAACCUCGCAUGACGGAUGGUGUGAUCCUGGGGGCUACUAUGAGUAGUCUCAUGCUGUUCACCUGUCGAUUUCAUCUGCUUGGGAUGAUCCACGCACCCACGAAAUUUCAGAUGCCGACGUUCUUGGACACAAUAGCGAUUGCAUUUACUAUUCUACUCUCUAUCGGGUUUGCGUCCAAUUCGUACACUAUAUGGGAAGGUCAGAUUGUACUCGCCUUCCUUGCAACAUUUGGUAUAUGUACCAUUUCAAUGUCAUAUAGGACCUUGGACAGGAGAAAGAGUAUACUAGGGGCUCUUCUCUCCGUAUCAUUCAUGGUACUGGUCAGGGUAGUGUCACUAAGUCGUUAUUGUCGGGAAGAGCAACUUCCAUUUUGCGUAACGACUUACCAUCGCCUGGGUAACACCACGAGCUGGAAGCUGCUCAUCCCGUAUUUGAUAGUCAUACUCAUUCCAUUGGUCACUCAAAUAGCCUUUGGUUCAGACUUGGUAUCUGAAAACCUGGGGGUCUGGACAUGGUGUCACAUUGGCAUACCCAUGGCACUUUUCUUCAAUGCUGUGUAUUGGACCCUUGAUUUUGCCAAUAGAAAUGGUUGGCUCGAAGGUAGUUCCUUCAACAUGUUAUCUAAGGGGCCUCCCAUUUUCUUUUCACGGGCCACUCUAAUCACUGCAAUUGCUGGCAGUGGAACGGCCCUCACCACAGAAUGGACUACGAUUAUGACUCCUGUCCGAUACAAUAUGAUCAUCACUACAUCCAUCUUAGUAAUUAGCAUUUUAGUGAGUGGUCCAAUGGGAGGUGGUUCUUUGUCCAUACUAUAUUUCCAGAUCCUGAGCCUACGCAAACUGCUCAAUCACUCUCAGAAUAAUAGUAUAGGGCCUACAAUUGCUGCGCUUUUAGGAACCCUUCAUUUCUUUGGCACCGGCCAUAAUGCAACCCUCUCCAGUAUCCAAUGGGAAGCUGCGUAUAUCCUAUCCCAGGACCUUCACUAUCCUUGGUCCCCGUUGCUUGUGACCCUCAACACCUUUGCUGGUCCAAUUGUCGCUGCAUUUUCGAUCCCUAUAAUCAUAUCACGAGGUGUACACCCUCAGGAAGUUCAUAGUGUAACCAGCUCAUUCGCAAUCCAUGUAUUGAUCUACUCGGUAUGGGCGUUGUCAACGGCAAUAUGGGCUAGUGUCCUACGACGCCACCUAAUGCUCUUUGCUAUAUUCUGCCCUCGAUUCUUGAUGGCCGGGGCCCUACUGCUGAUCAUCGAUGUUAUCGCGAUAAUAAUUUCAUUGAUCACUGCAGUAAGCACUAAAUGA